AUGAAACUCCAUACAGAUCCUUCAACUGGUAAACUCAUUGGCACCUGUCCAGAAUUCACUCCCGCCGACACACAGAAAGCAAUCGAUGCCGCUGUUUCUGCGUUCCCAUCUUUCCGAAAGACCACUGGCCGCGAACGCGCCAGGAUGCUACGAAGAUGGCAUCAGUUGAUGAUAGACAAUGCCGAAGACCUAGCAACUCUGAUCACAUGGGAAAAUGGGAAACCGUUAGCUGAUGCGAAAGGAGAGGUCAACUAUGCUGCUAGCUUCUUCGAAUGGUUCAGCGAAGAAGCCCCCAGGAUAUAUGGUGAUACUAUUCCGGCUACAGUUCCUGGAAACAGAAUUAUGACAAUCAAAGAGCCUGUCGGCGUUUGUGGAUUCAUCACGCCCUGGAAUUUCCCUGCAGCUAUGAUCACGCGAAAGAUCGCACCUGCAUUAGCUGCUGGUUGUACUGUUGUGGCCAAGUCUCCGGGAGAGACGCCGUUCACUGCAAAUGCAAUUGCUGAGCUGGCUGCCCGUGCAGGAAUUCCAAAGGGUGUCGUAAAUAUAGUUACUGCAUUGAAGAACACCCCGGAGAUCGGUCUAUCUCUUACAACUGCUCCGGAGAUCCGCAAAGUAUCCUUUACUGGCUCAACGGCAGUAGGGAAGCUACUUAUGAAGCAGUCCGCAUCUACAAUGAAAAAGUUGUCUUUCGAACUGGGAGGAAACGCACCCUUCAUUGUAUUUGACGACGUUUCUGACGUCGACGCUGCUGUUGCCGGUGCCAUUGCAUCGAAAUUCCGCAGUUCAGGUCAAACGUGUGUGUGCGCUAACCGUCUUUACGUCCAAAGAGGUGUCUAUGAUGAGUUUACAUCUAAAUUCGCAGAAAAAGUGGGAGGAUUCACCCUGGGCCAUGGGUUUAAUGAAGGAGUUACACAUGGACCCCUCAUUCACUCCCGUGCGAUUGACAAAGUACAUGAACAUGUCAGCGAUGCUCAAGCGAAAGGCGGUAAAGUAAUUAUCGGCGGGAAUAGAGCUCCUGAACUCGGAUCGAACUUCUUUUUCCCUACGGUUGUUACCGAGAUGACAAAAGAUAUGCGAAUGGCAUCCGAAGAAACCUUCGGUCCUGUAGCCGGCAUUUAUCCGUUCGAGACAGAGAAGGAAGUCGUGGACCUUGCCAACGCUGCUGAAGUCGGCCUUGCUGGAUAUUUCUAUAGCAAGGAUGUGCAGCGCAUCUUCCGUGUUGCCGAAGCCCUGGAAGUGGGCAUGGUUGGUGUGAACACGGGCAUUAUCAGUGACACGGUUGCCCCAUUUGGUGGAGUCAAACAGAGUGGAUUUGGUCGAGAGGGUAGCAAGUAUGGAAUAGAUGAAUUCCUUACCAUCAAGACGGUGACAUUUGGAGGCAUGGGAGGUGACCUCCAAGGUUAA